GUCUCCUAUUAUCAUUCUUGGAAAUUCAUUAGUCGUUUUUCAGUUUGGAAAGAUCCCUUGAAGAAAUUUAGAUCUUGGCCUUCUAAUCGCAUCAUCGUAUCGAUGGCAAUUGCCGAUCUUCUGGUCGGUAUAGUGGUGUGUCCAUUAAUGGUGUACUGGGGCUGGGCCAUUUUUCAGCAGGAAAAACUGACAACGUCAGUGCUAAAAUCCUUUUUUGUCUUGACAGAUGUUAGUUCGGGACACGUGUUACUUCUCACUGGAGACAGGGUAUUUGCUUCAGUGACCCCUUUGCAGUAUCGAGUUAAAGUAACAAAUAAACGAGUUCGCAUCGCAAGUGUUACAUGUUGGGCGUAUUUCAUACUCUUUGGAUGUGCAUUUGGUUUGUGGGAAAAAGGAUACAUCAUUCUGGUAACAAUAUUCAUUGUACAAAGCCUCUUCAUUCUUAUAAGCAUUUUGGUUUUAAACUUGGUCAUUUUAUUUGCCUUUCGAAAGCACCGCAAGACUACAGCAGCACAAGACCAGUCGACGGCAAAUAACGAAAUAAUGCUUCAAACGGAAAGGAAACAAGGCCAUCGCAAUCGUGAUCUCUGCGUUUCUUAUAUGCUCUGUGCCGUGGUAUAUAGUGCAGUUUUUGUUGUACUUUUGUACUUCAUGCAGCCGCCAUUUAUGGUUGUUGCUGUUGGGUCAUACAGUGACGGCUGCUUUAUUGUAUGCUAACUGUGGAGUAAAUCCAUUUUUGUACGCAUGGUGGCUUCCCCGAUACCGAGAAACCUUUAAACACUUUUGGAAAAAACGGCAAGAGUGUUGCUUUAGUCAAAACAGCCGAAGCGAAAACUAUGUUUGUGAAACAAGACUUUAAUGAUUUAAGGAGAAGGCUGAGUAAGUGUGUGUAGAAUCCCAGUUGAUUUGUUUCCUAAAUAUUGCUCUGCCACAGAUAUGCAAAUGUCAAGCUUCCAAGAUCAACUUUCAUGACUAAUAACUAUUGGUAGUCGCCAUCAACCAGGUGCUCUUACCGAUGUAAACCCGGCAAAACGUUUUAUUACACAAAUGCGACAAAGAAGCCAUCUACACACAGAAGAUGCAAUUAGAUUAGAUAAGAACGGAGCGUUAUAGUACCCACCUACCGAAAUAAUAACACUCACAUAAAUGUUUAGUAUUUCUCUAUAAAUAAGGAUUCUGGUGAAAGUAUUAAUUAAAAAUGAUAAGGAUUCUGCAUGAAAGCACUGUAAGAGAUCCUGAGUUCAACUGCGUUUCAGUGUUUACACAGAUUUUCUCACAAAGAUUUGAGACUUGGCCAAUGAUCAGCGAACAAAUAUUUUUUAUUCUUUAAAGAAGGACAUUCAAGUCUGUAAAACGUGAUAAAUGAAUCGCUGACACAUGUAUUUUGUUUCAGAAAAUAAUAUCUUUCCGUAAUUAACCUUAACGAAGAAACUUUACAUGUGCACUGUGAAAGUGGGAAAUAACUUCGUUUUUCUCGUAUUGAUUUUAGGAAAACGCUGAAGCGAAAACAGAUUUAAAAUUGUCGAGUUUUUCUUGCUGUAAUCAUGCGAACCUUGAUACUUUAUGUGUGUUCGCAGCAGUGGAUUACGGGUAAAGUCAGUCAGCAUUCAGAUUUCCCUACAGGACACUCGGAAAUGGCCUAUCAUUUGGCAUGCUAUUGCGUGUGUUAUGCGCCCUAAAAACGAGUUGAGUCGUUCUAAACUUAUCAGGUAAAAAUAUUGUCAAAAAUCUACUGCUAAAACACAAGCAAACACACGCGCAGAAUAUUCACACUGUUAUCUUUAACCUAAUAAUUUUGCAAUAAAGUCUUGGUCUUUGACUCCACGGUAAAAUAUACAUGUAAACAUAUCAGGUCCAAAAAAAUAAUAUUAACUUCAAACAGAACGAGAUAGAAAUCUAUUUAAAAUUCAUGCGGCCGGUAAAAUCGCGCAGAAUAACGAUCAUGGAGUUAUCAGCCUCAAGGAAGAACUGAAGUCUACCCCAGCGAUUAUUGCUCGUUCAGGUCACCGAAAGGUUAUUUCAAAAUAACAAAAUCCAAAGGCGCAUUAACAAAAGACGUGAACGUGCACAAAUUACAAGAGAAUUUAAACAAGAGACAUGACUACCAAAUAGUUUCUAUUUCGACAACACAUGAAUCAUUAAAACUUUCUAUUGUUCAAAUGACAAGUAACUUUCUUCGUAGUUCUUCUCUUGAUUCAAGAAAUAAGAUCAGCUGUAAACUGAUCACGAAAACUAGAAUGAUUGAAAAGGUCUGCCAUAACUUGCUUGGAUGGUUGAGGGAGGUUUCUUUGUUUAAUGACUAUGACGUCGUAAGACAUCGCUCACUCGAAGUUAACACUGUAGCAUUUUAAUUUGACACGAUUCGAAUAUAUACCACCCAACCUACAGCCUUAGUAUAUGGACUUGACCAGAACAGAAAAACUGAAAUUUUAGAUCUUACCAGUAACUUAAAACGGCUGCAAUCACAGACAAUACCGAUUUCUUCAAUAUUACAAGCGACAAAGUUUUACGUGACGUGUGGCUGACUGGGGCGAAUUCAAAGACCAUAUCAAUGACUAUUUUUAUUCCUUCGAUGGUCCUGUCUCCAGUUAUCGUUUGUGGAAACUUACUGGUCGUUUUAUCAGUUUGGAAAGAUCCUCUGAAGAAACUCAAGUCUUUGCCAUCUAAUCACAUCAUCGCAUUGAUGGCAAUUGCCGAUCUUCUGGUCGGUUUAGUGGUGUGUCCGUUAAUGGUGUACUGGGGCUGGGCCAUUUUCAAGAGCAAAAAUCUGACAUUUCCAGUGCUCAAAGCUUUUUCCGUCUUAGUGGAUGUUAGUGCGCGACACGUUCUACUCCUUACUGUCGACAGGGUAUUUGCUUAG